UCUUAACUUACUCAAUUCAAAACGUAAGCAAGAGCAAGAUUAAAUAAAAGAAAAGAAAGAAAAUUAUGGAAGGAAAAAACAUUGCAGUAUGUGUAAUUGCUGGUGUUCUUGGUUUAAUAGCAGUAGUUAUGGGCUUUGUUGCCGAGGCUACCAAAGUUAAGGGUGAUCAAGUACUAUUUACAGAAGAUGGGGCUUGUUUUUAUCCAACGAGUCCAUCGGUGGCACUGGGAAUAGUUGCUUCAAUAAUUCUUUUGAUUCAGCAAAUACUUAUAAGUGGUGCAUCUGGCUGUUUUUGUUGCAGAGGAAAUCCUUGUCCUUCAACUUGUAGUGGCAUAACAGCUCUUAUUUGCUUUAUUUUCUCUUGGUUGGUCUUCAUUGGAGCAUUUGUAAUGCUGAUGUAUGCGGCCAUUCUCAACACCACUAGGUACCUUGUAGAUACGACCAACACUCUCGACGAGGGCUGCCUCGUUCCGAAAUCCGGCUUCUUCAUUGCAGCGGGGGUAUUGAGCAUAAUCAGCAUCGCCCUCGGCCUCGUUGCUUACAUAGUCUUGAUUUCUAGCGACAAAAAGAUUAUUCCAAAGGGUGGUGCUUCAAAUGUUGCAAGUGAGUAUGGUAUUGCCACAGCAAAACCACAAAUACCAACAAAUGUGUAAAACAUCAUUUAUGUUUUAUCACUUUAUGUGAUCUUGUAUUCUUGUUUACUCGAAUUGAUGUAUGUCUUCAAAAAAUGAUGUAUUUGUUGUUUGGAUGGAAUAAUAAAGCAAAUGUAAUCAAAGA